CUUCUUCAGUUCCUCAGGUCACAGGGUUUCGUAUUUAGAGGUAACCAGUAUGGCUACAGCUGCGACACCAGCGGUCCCAGAACAACAAACGCCUAAAAUACCGCCGCCGGGACCUAUGACUGGGCCGCCGAUAAUAGAUGGCUUCGAUGCUUUGCAGAGGAAUCAUGAUGAGACAUUCAAAGAAAAAUUAACGAGAAAAACCAAGGAGAACCCAUUCGUCCCCAUAGGUUGUUUGGCAACUGCAGGAGCGCUGACGUAUGGUCUUCGCACCUUCCAACAAGGGAAAAGCAAGCAGUCCCAGCUGUUCAUGAGGGGACGUAUCAUCGCUCAAGGCUUCACUGUUGUGGCCCUUUUGGUUGGUGUCCUUACCACAGCUCUGAAAUCCAAGCAGUGAAGAUUCACUGAUCCAACACCUCUGCCAUCGCCAAUUCAACUUAACCACCGUGCCGCUGGGAAUCAGAGCAGAUUUAACUUGAUAUUGAACUGAUCUUACUGUGAAUGAGUAAUACAGCAUUUUCAGCGGCCAACACUAUUUAUUGCUGUUUGAAAACUUGCUCAUGGUGGUUAAAAAAAAAAAAAACAAAAACAAAAAAAAGACUAAGAACGCAAGCUGAAUUUUUCUUUGAUUGUGCUACAAUAGAACCGAGGCAAAGAGCUAAUAAAUAAAUAAAAAAAUCUUGCUUCUUGAUCUUCAAGGUUACAUUUUAAAUGUUCCAUGUGUUGUCACUGAAAUGAUCUACACCUACAUGUCCUCUCAUAUAAAUCUUAACUUGGAA